GGAAACACGGACACCGCUGAACGUUCCGCCUGGUGAUCUGUCAUUGCGACACACGUAACGUAAGCUAAGGAAUACGAUAAGGAAGCAUUAAACCGGCAACCUUCCACGGCGAUGUGAACGACGGUGCGUUGGCCUUGAACCACCUCCUGAGUGACGUGUCCCCAUCCAAAGACAUGGCAGAGCAAGACACAGAUCACCACCACAAAGCAGGCAAGGAAGAAGAAACACAGCCCACAAACAUGGAUCGUGUCUCACCAUUUGAUGAGAGCAAACAGGAGGAGACUGAUAUUGCUCUGAAUCUAAAGCAGCAGCUCUCAGAUGAUUCAGCUGCAUCAUCUGCACCCAUGGGCAGUGAGACAAACAACGACAGUGGUAAAGACAUGGAGCAGCAUGAUGUUAAAAAAGAAUCCUCACCUUCAGAUGAGGACACGAUGCUGAACAUUAAGGAGAAAAGCAUCCUGCCACAGGCUGAUGAAGAAAGUCAUGGUGAUUACAGCACAGAGAAACGAAGAAAUGAGCAACUCAACAUGACAGCUGAGGAGAUUUCUAACUCUUCAGCUCCAGAUGUGAACACAGUGCUGAAUGUGAAGGAGAACAGCCCCGCACUUCAGGCUGAUGAAGAAAGUCAUGGUGAUUAUAGCACAGAGAAACCAAGAAAUGAGCAACCAACCGUGACAGCUGAGAUUUCUGAAGAACCUUCAGCUCCAAUUGAGGACACAAAGCCGAAUAUGAAGGAGAACAGCACCCCGCUCCAGGCUGAUGAAAGAAGUCAUGGUGAUUACAGCACAGGGAAACCAAGAAAUGAGCAACCGAACAUGGCAGCUGAGAAGAUUUCCAGAGGGCAUCGCACUGGGGAGGAGAAAGAACCAGAAACAACCAGCUCACCAACCCUGGGUGACAGAAGUGACCGAGUAGAUGGACCUGAUAAAGAAAUCCCAGACACUGACAACACAAAUGCUGAGGCUGAAGAGGAAGAUGGAAGCUGUCCAGAGGAGGUUGUAGCUCCUGAGGAAGAAGAGGAGAGAAUAUCCUUCCCACAGGCACAGACACGUGUUGAAACAAUUGGCCCUACCAUUCAGGAGGCCGCUGAUGCCGAACCUGCAGUUCCAGUGGUUCAAAGAGCUCUUGGAGGAAAUGGUAUGUACCUGCUAGCAGGUGUACUGGUAUUAGUUGCCAUCCUGAUGUCACCUCUCUUCCAACCCGAGUCUCCACCUCAGAAGGACGACGUGCGGCAAAUAGACAUCUUCCUCAGGCAGCUGGAAAAAGUUAAGACUCAGUUUCCUAACCAGCGUGCUGAGCUCUGGAACAGGAGCAAGAUUCACCUGCUGAGGCACCUCCAGACAGCCCAUCCCACAGAGCCAGUCAGUCUGAUCCUGACUGCAGGCCACAGAGCCGAGAAGACACUGCACUGCCUGGCUCAGAGCCUGGCCUCCGCCUUCUCUUCUGCCCUCAACGCCUCCGUCCUCCACAUCGAUGGGGCCAGCAAAGCCAGCCAGGACAGCGACCAGGUCAAACUGGACAUCGACAGCAAGUUGCAGGGAGCUUUCGAAGGAGAUAAACCUGUGGCUGUCAUUAACCGCUUCGAGGAGCUGCCUCCGGGCUCCACCCUUAUUUUUUACCGCUACUGUGACCAUGAGAAUGCUGCCUAUAAGAAAACUUGUCUGAUCUUCACAGUACUGCUGGGGGAGGAGGAGGAGAUUCCUGCCGAGACUCGUUUGAGUACUGUGGAGGAGAUGGUGGACGACCAUCUUCAGAAGAAGUUCCUCUCUGAUGAAUAUCCAGUAUCUUUUGACAAGAUGGACAUUGACAAGUACGGUGGACUGUGGAGUCGUAUUUCUCACCUCAUCCUGCCUGUGGCAGCAGACGGAAGGAUAGAACAUGAAGGGUGCUCGGGGAUAUAAAUAAUCACUGUUGAACUUUUAGCUUAAGCACUAAACUACUGGCUGUCUAUCAGAUUUUUUAUUUGGUGACUUAAGUCAUUCUGGGGCUUGUAGCAGUGGUUUUUAAAGACCCAAAGGUUUCUUACAUGCACUGUAAUGAAGCUCUCUGCAAAUGAAGGUAUCAUGUAGAAAUUAGACUUUUAAAGGAACACUUCACCCCUCAUAAGACCAUUUGUGAAGAAAACUUUGCUUUUCUUGCAUGCCUUAUUAGGGAACAGAAUCUAAAACUGGGGAAAAUUCUAGGGCCACAUUAAACAACAGUAAAACUAUAUUAAAACAUCAAUUUGCAAACUCUCACACAACUUGUGCAGUAUAAUCCAAGUCUCAUUCAUCGAGUCAUGUGCUCACUGCUUCCUUAACACAUGCAUUUUCGCUAAAACCUUACUAUUUAAAACUGAAGUCAAACUUAUCCGUGCUCUCGUCAAAGCCAGACUCCAAAAACAAAACAUAAUCUUGGCUCCAAGAUCCAAAAGUGGGUCGUGGGUCCAUUCUGAGUGGACCGCAAGUAUCAAGUUUAUAUAAAACACACUUUAUUCUGACUUACAGUGAAUUUCAAGCGCAGAGAUUUUAUUUUGAAAUGUUGUUUCCUGCUGUAAAGUGAUUGACUGAUGGACAGCUACUUGACAGAGACAGAGUAGCUCGCAGACAUGGCCAGACGCCAGUAUGACGCUGAAUAGAUUAAACUGUGUGGACCAUGAACUAAUGACUUUGGAGAAAUCUGGAUCCCGUGGCUGGACCGGUUGGAACCACUGUUUUAAAGGGUUAGUUCAGCUUCAACAAAGUCCGAGCUACUAAGUUUUCCUCACAAAUUCAACAUAACAUGGGCUGAGUAGCUGAUAUACAAAUGGUCAUUUGGGGGGUGAAGUAUUCAUUUAAGGUUAUGCUAUGGGAUGUUUGUAAAAAAAAAAAAAAAAAAAAAUUGUGGAUAUUCAUUAUGAAAAAACUUUGCCUGUGGUGCUUUAUUGUUGAAGCACCCUGAUCAAAUGUAAUUGUGGAUAACUGCAAGAUGUAAAGUGAUGCGACUCGGGGCAUUGUGGGUUUUACAUCACAGAGCAACAAGACAGCUUUUCUUUUGGUAUCACAGCACAGGGUUUAUUACUUUUAUGACAAAUGUCUUUUCUGCGAUUCUCAAACCCACACGGCACCACAUGCCUUAACAGAACUUCCUGUGUUUCUUUUUACAUACAUGUAUUACACUACAGGCAGGGUUUGAUGGAAAUAAGUGCAUACAUUGAAUGUGCCUUAAAGUACAAAUAAACAUGUAAAUUCAAA